AUGAUUACGUACUUUGUGGUUAUUGCUCAACUUGCCUUGUUCAGUUGCGCUUUGGCACUUCCACAAGUAACUGUACAUGGUGAGGCUUCAUGGACCCAAGUACCCUUUGCAAUCAGACUUUUAGAGAGUGUUGCUGCCUUUGAUGAGAGUCUUUAUGAGUCUGCAUUAAGGUCUAUAUUUGCCAUCGGUGGUAGUGAUAUCGAUUUCAAUCAUGACUAUGAUGAAAAUGAUGACGAUGCUGAUGAUGUCAAUAAUGUAUUAAAAGAUUCAAUCGUUUACGACAGGUUCUUUGCUCAACACAAUAACCUUUCACAUAUAGCAAAAUCAGUCAUUGAUUUCCAUUUGACUUAUAACAUGUUUGGACCUCGCAUAGGGGCACAUUAUGCUUAUUAUGUUUCCAAGAAGUACUCUACUUCAAUUGCUCUAAAAUGCACAACUGAUUCCUUUGGCACAACAAUGUCAGAUCAUAAUUCAUGGGUCCAAUUUAAAAAUCAGAUAUAUUGCUCCAAUGAAGACCUAUUUGCGUUUAAGACAGAAUCUCAAGCUGAAAAUGUCCUUGAAACUUUUGAUAGAGUUAUUGGUAAACUGGGCCCUAUUGUUGUAUUCUAUGGUGAACCAUCAUCCAAACAAUUUCUUCCAAUGUUAGAUAGUCUUUUGACGGACUCAAAAAAUGGUAAGCUCAGAUUUGUAUUUAGAUAUAUUCCUGAUGAAACUGCUAGCAGAGAUCACCUUAGGGGUUAUAGUGUUGAUUUCACCAUCAACAAUAUGAGAAAUACCAAAAAGGAUUCAGACGAAGAUUUUCCCUUAGGUGACAUACGUAAUAUUGACUGCAGUCUGCUUCGAUAUCCUUCAAACGUUAAAGACAUAGGUUUAAAGUUAACAAGCUAUAUUCUUAACCAAGAUAUUUCCGAAUUAGAAAAGUUUGAAGCUUUGAAAACCAUAAGCCAAUCACUUCCAUGCUACAUGGCAUCACUUGAUAAGAGUCCCGUUAGUGAAGCAGUCAAGGCUGCACUGACUUCAAAUGAAAAGAAGGGAAUAACUUCGAAUACAAACGGGUUCUACAUCAAUGGGUCUCCUAUUAAUAAGCUUGAAUUAAAUGUCUUUAAUGCCUUUGAGAAGGUGAAGUCAGAACUUGUGAUUGUCCAAUCAUUACAGGCUCUUGGAUUGACAACAAUUCAAGCCAAAUACUUGAUCAACAAGUUUGCUUUAGUUAGUGCUGUUAAUGACUACAAAUAUCGAUCAGGGAAAAGUUUAUGGGGCUCGAAUACUAACAGAUUCAAAGUUUAUGAACAAAGAUUCAACCCUAAAGGAAAGAGUGAUGGGGGAGUAAUUUUUUUCAACAACAUCGAAGAGGACCAAACAUAUGAAAAGUACUCAAGGAAUGCAGACGAAAUCUAUUUAGGACCUCAAGGAAUGAACAUUAGAAUGGGCCAAAUACCUCCUCUCAGAGAGAAUGUUCAUGACUUGAUCUUUGUUAUCAACUUACAUGACAAAGAGCAGUUGAGAGUAUUGUUUUCCUUUGCAAAGGUUAUUCUUGACCAAGGGUUAGUUCACCAAUUGGGAAUAUUACCUCUUAAAGGUUCUGACCCAUUGGAUGAGUUCAUGGCAAGAAAGCUUUAUUCUAUCUUAAUGGUUUCUGAUACAACAGAAGCUUUGGGAUUCUUGUAUGCUUAUUUUGCUACUAUGGAACCAGAAGAAGAACAAAAGUUAUUCGAUUCUAUUGAAGAUAACAUUGACGAUUUAGAUGAAUUAUUUGCUACUGCAAAUCAAUUCAGUAUUAAGGAGCCUUCUAUUAUUUUCAGUGGAGUCAUCCAUAGUUUGUAUGAGAGGGAUUGGCAAUUGUCCAUGGCGCAGCAAAUUCUCCAUGAUGUUAAAACGCUUCAAGAGGCCAUGAUGGAAGGUAAGCAUGAAAAUAGAACCUUAAAAUCCAUUUUGUAUGACGAUGCAAAGUCAGAAAGAAAUCUCAAGAUUAACCCUGCAAACCCCAGUGACAUAAAGUACAAACUAAUCACUGAUGAGCUCGUUUCAAAAUCUCUACCAAUAAGAUUCGCAGGUAAUCAGACUUAUUUGCCUACUACUGUUUGGUUGAUUGGUGAUUUUGGUUCAGAAAUUAUACUCGAACAAUUGAUUCUGUUAUUGAGUGUGAUGAAAGAAGCAGAUUUCAACUUUCAGCUUCGUCUUGUGAAUACAAGAACUAACACCCAGGUUUUUGAUAUGAUUUCCAGUAUCACUGAAAUAACGGAGGAGAAAAUCGACCAUAUAAUCGAAUGGGUUGACACUAUUAGAAACGAUAUCCCUGUUUACCGGUAUGCUAAAACCCAGGACCUUUUUAAAGUCUUUGAGGAUUGCGAUAUAAGCAUUGAUAAGAAUACUUUACUUGUUAAUUCUCGGGUUCUUGACUUGGAUGAAGUCUUCAGUGAGAAGAACAUUCGUUCAUUGUUAGAGUUUGAGAACUCCUAUCGUUUGUCUACCUUUGAUAGAAUCAUUGAAGAAAAGUCCAAUAUAUUUAACGAUAAGAAUUCGAGUGUUGAGUUUAUAGAAUCUAUCGGAGGUGAUUCUUUUGACUUUUUUGAUAUGCUAUCUUCGAUUGUAACAAACUCCUUUUAUCUGUCGAAGGACAUUCUUUCAACUGAUGUUUCUCGUUACGAUUUUGACAUUCUUGAUAUGCUGAACUCGAUUACUGUUGUGGAUAAUGAUUCUGAUGAGAAGGAAAUUGACUUACUAUUAAUUUUAGAUCCUUUGGAUGAAUAUUCCCAAGACAUGUUGACCAUUGCCAAUGCGUUUGUUGACUUCCAGUUUGUUCAAGUUCGUAUAUUGAUUCAACCUUCAACUGACAAGCAGGUCAGCCGGUUCCAUUCAGGAAAUAUGCCUAGAUCUAAGCCCACGUUUGGUUUGGAAGGCGAUUUUAUUACUGAGUCGGUUCCUUCUUCAUUGGUUUUACCAGUGAAUGAGUCAUUUACUCUUAAUUUGCGUGCUCCUUUUAGUUGGGUAACUGAGAUAAAAAACGUCUCAAAAGAUUUUGAUUCAGCAAACUUCACUUUAAGCGGCCUUAAUGUUGAACCAAAGUUGACUUUUGGCUUGAAGAAGUUGGUUCUAGAGGGAUAUGCUUCAUAUGUAGACUAUGGUAGCUAUCCGUCAGGGUUAAUCUUAAGUUUGUCAAACAAUACUUACUCAACCGACGCAACAGUCCUUUCAACGUUAGGCUACUUUCAGUUUUCUGUCAGUCCUGGAUCUUGGAGACUUGGUAUUAACUCAAAGUUCAAUUCUGUUGGCUACAGUCUAUUGAAUGAUAUCAAAGGGUAUGAGACGUCCAAUGAAUAUAUUGUGUCUUCAUAUCCAGUUUCAGUUUACUCUUUAGCAGGACUGAAAAUUUAUCCUAAAUUUACUACGGGCAAAGCCAUUGCUGUUGAUGAAGAUUCAAAGAAUCCAGUAAAAGGCUGGUCUGUGAAGCUGCUUUUAAACAAACUCACAUUUAAGAAGGAACCAGAAGUAAAUGUCUUUACAGUCAUAAGCGGACCCACUUAUGAAAGAUUAUCCAAAACCAUGAUACUCUCAGUUAUCAAGAACUCGAAGUAUUCAGUGAAGUUUUGGAUACUUGAAAAGUACAUAUCUCCACAAUUCAGAAGUGAUCUUGCUAUCCUUGCUAAGAAAUACGGGUUCGAAUAUGAAUUCAUAGGAUAUCAAUGGCCAGUUUGGCUCCGGGCUCAAGAUCUACACCAUCGAGAAGUAUGGGCCUAUAAAAUCUUAUUUCUUGAUGUGUUAUUCCCAAUGAACUUGUCUCGUGUAAUCUACAUCGAUGCUGAUCUGACUGUGAGAUCUGAUUUGAAAGAAUUGAUUGAUUUUGAUUUGGAGGGUGCACCUUAUGGGUUUACACCUAUGUGCGAAGAUCGAGAUGAGAUGAGCCAAUACCGGUUCUGGAAAUCGGGAUAUUGGGAUAAAGUUUUAGGUGAUGAUUUCAAAUAUCAUAUUAGUGCUAUGUUUGUUGUUGAUCUUGAAGUAUUUAGAAAACUUUACGUUGGACAUUAUUUGAGAAGCUCUUAUCAGAAAUUAUCAUCUGACCCCAACUCGCUUGCCAACUUGGACCAAGAUCUUCCUAACAAUCUUCAGCAUCGUGUGCCUAUUUACAGUUUACCUGCCAAGUGGUUGUGGUGUGAGACAUGGUGCUCUGGUAGUACUAAGGAAGAAGCAUCUAUCAUAGACAUGUGUAAUAACCCUGCAAAUUUGGAGCCUAAAUCGAAGGCUAUUGAACGUAUAGUACCUGAGUGGACUUUACUUGAAAAGGAAGUUAAUGGAACACUUCAAGAAGCAUUUGAAAGUGCAUGCCACGAUGAAUUAUAG